CACGAACGGGCGAGGGUUCUCGAGAUGCGACUUUCGUUUGCCCCGGGGUUGCUGCAACGGUGCCACUUUUGAUCACCAUCCACCCUCGUUUUCAUCCAAGCCGCUCCCUUGGUGCCGCUCUUUACUUGGGUAUAUCUGUACUUCUCUCCCGCUCCUUCCCUCCCCCCCGCCGAUCUUGUUCCUCUUUUCCCUUGCAUCCCUUUUCUCGAUCUUAAAACGCAUCAUCGACAAGAAAGGGCACCCAUCCACAAACACCAUGUCCUCGAGCGAGAAGGAGGCCACGGGCCCGGUAGCUGCCCACGUGGGCAACCUGGCGACAACUCAGGAUGUUGAGAAGAUUGAGGCUCCAGUUACCUGGAAGGCAUACCUGAUCUGCGCCUUCGCGUCCUUCGGUGGUAUCUUCUUCGGUUACGAUUCCGGUUACAUCAACGGCGUCCUCGCCUCCAAGCUCUUCAUCAAUGCCGUCGAGGGUGCCGGCAAGGAUGCGAUUAGCGAGUCGCACAGCUCGCUGAUCGUCUCUAUCCUGUCCUGCGGUACCUUCUUCGGCGCCCUCAUCGCCGGUGACCUCGCCGACUUCAUCGGCCGCAAGUACACUGUCAUCCUCGGCUGUCUCAUCUACAUUAUCGGCUGCGUUAUCCAGAUUAUCACUGGUCUCGGCAACGCUCUCGGUGCCAUUGUCGCCGGUCGUCUUAUUGCCGGUAUUGGCGUCGGCUUCGAGUCCGCCAUCGUCAUUCUGUACAUGUCCGAGAUUUGCCCUCGCAAGGUCCGUGGCGCCUUGGUCGCGGGCUACCAGUUCUGCAUCACGAUUGGUCUCAUGCUUGCGUCCUGCGUUGUGUACGGUACCCAGAACCGCCAGGAUACCGGCCAAUACCGCAUCCCCAUCGGCAUCCAGUUCAUCUGGGCCCUCAUCCUGGGCGGCGGUCUUCUCUGCCUUCCCGACUCGCCUCGCUACUUCGUCAAGAGGGGUAGGCUCGCGGAUGCGACCAGCGCCCUCUCGCGCCUCCGCGGCCAGCCCGAGGACUCGGAAUACAUCCAGGUCGAACUCGCUGAGAUCGUCGCCAACGAGGAGUACGAGCGUCAGCUCAUUCCCUCCACCACCUGGUUCGGCAGCUGGGCCAACUGCUUCAAGGGCUCGCUCUUCAAGGCCAAUUCGAACCUGCGCAAGACCAUCCUCGGCACUUCCCUGCAGAUGAUGCAGCAAUGGACCGGUGUCAACUUCAUCUUCUACUACUCGACUCCGUUCCUCAAGUCCACGGGCGCCAUUGACGACCCGUUCCUCAUGUCCAUGGUCUUCACCAUCAUCAACGUCUUCUCGACCCCUAUCUCCUUCUACACCGUCGAGAGGUUCGGUCGUCGUACCAUCCUGUUCUGGGGUGCUCUGGGCAUGCUUAUCUGCCAGUUCCUCGUCGCCAUCGUCGGUGUCACCGUCGGCUUCAACCAUACCCACCCGGCCCCGACAGCGGACGACCCGGAAGCCACUCUCGCCAACAACAUCUCUGCUGUUAACGCCCAGAUUGCUUUCAUCGCCAUCUUCAUCUUCUUCUUCGCCUCGACCUGGGGCCCCGGCGCCUGGAUCGUGAUUGGCGAGAUCUUCCCUCUUCCCAUCCGCUCGCGUGGUGUCGGCCUCUCGACCGCCUCGAACUGGUUGUGGAACACCAUCAUCGCCGUCAUCACGCCCUACAUGGUCGGCGAGGACCGCGGCAACAUGAAGUCGUCCGUGUUCUUCGUAUGGGGCGGCCUCUGCACUUGCGCCUUUGUCUACACCUACUUCCUCGUGCCCGAGACCAAGGGUCUGUCUCUUGAGCAGGUUGACAAGAUGAUGGAGGAGACCACCCCGCGCACUUCGGCCAAGUGGAAGCCCACCACGACCUUCGCUGCCAGCCACCCGACCGAUCUCAAGCAGGGCGAGGCCGCUGUGUAAAUCUUUGGGUAGCAGGGCGGCGUGGCCGUUCAUCCAUGCAUUUGUUUGCUGUCAUUUUCAGUACUAGUCAAAUCCAAGAAUUGCAUACAGAUGACUUCGCGACAGGUGCUGGUUGGAUGUGCUCAGAAGAAUCUAAUUACAACAAUGUAGCGUUUGAUUUGGCGGGAGUAUAUGUGUAUAGAGAUAUGGUACGCGCUAUG